AUUGUAAAAAAAGAAAAAGAAAGGGAAAAUUAUUUUCGAACUUGACGCACCUGAGUACAGUCGACAAUUUUUGCAAAAAUGGGAUAUUAUCUGAAGCACGUGAUGACUGGAUAUCGCGUUUACCUGAACACUGGUAUUCAUUUACUGGGAAAGAGCGGAGCUUGCAAUGUGGUACUAACCUACGACAAUAUGUCCGAUAUCCAUGCCGUCGUUGUUGUUCGAAAUGGGAGGAUUUUCAUUAAAGACCUGGAAUCCAUCCAUGGCAUAUAUCUUAACUUCAAGGAACAUCGCCUUGGCUCUGAGUUUUAUGAAAUUUUCGUGGGCGACGAUGUGGCCUUUGGGGUUGCAACAUUCGGACAGGAACUGGGCACUCCGCUUACGUACGGAUGCUUUACCGUUAGGUCGGAGGAUUCAGAUUUUGAUCUAGACUUCUCCGAUUCUGAGGACGGCUUCUUCGAUUUCGAUGACGACGACAGCGACCAGUUCUAUGGGAUCAACGAGAACGAGGAGCCACCCAGUUCCACAUAAAACAAGUGCAGGACAAAACGCUAUGCCGACAAAAUGUGAUCAUCAUAGGUAUAGGUAGCCUUUUUAACUAAAUAUACUAAACG